AUGUUAUUCUGUCGGUACUUAUUUCUAGUAGUAAUUGUGCAAUACGCAUUGGUAUUUCCAAAUAGUUUGGCAGCUGAAAAUGCGAACAUCAAUACUAAUGUGAAGGCAGAAUCAAACGCGGCCGAUGCAAAAGAGAGUGCCGACAAGUUGGCCGUUGGAAAACGCUUUGGUGGUUAUGGGGGUUAUGGUUGGAUGGGAGGUUAUCCACAACCGUACCAACCAGAUUCUUAUGGAAUGGAUCACGGAUCAAUGUGUCGCAGGUGCAGACCUCCACGAUUUGGAUCACCCUGGGGCUCAUCUUAUUCACCUUGUGGAUCACAGCAAUUUUCACCAUACAGAUCCGGUCGUUACGGAAUGUACGGUGGUGGCUAUCCAGGAAUGGAUUUCAAUCCCUAUUUCUGA